GUCGCGCGUAUCCUUCUCACCUUGCGGUUAUCGUUUCCGAGCACCCUCUGAAUCAAAGAACCAUAUACAUUUUAUUUGCGAUCUGUGUUUUAGUGAUAUUGUGACAGUUACAUAAUUUACGUACGUCGCGUGUCGCGCGUUGUCGCUGUGUUCUCUCGUUACACGGUGUACGUGAAGACUACGAGUGAACCGGAUUUUUCUGGAUAACACCAGCUACCAGCCAACUGUUCGCCUUUGUAAGAGGCUUUGAGGCGUCGCUGGGCAGGCGUGUAGUUGGUGUAGGUAUGGGCGGAGAUGGCAUGGCGUAGUGGCGAGAUGGUUGCGCCGCGGGUGGCGCCGCUGGCCGCGCUGUUCGCCGCGCUGUUGGUGACGGCCACCUCGCGCGCCUCCACGCAAGAUCCCGCGCAGUUCGAAGCCGCCUUCCAAGGGCGCUGCGGCGAGGGCAGCCCGUGUGAGCAGCUCUGUCGGGAGCUGCACGACGGCACCUACGAGUGCGGCUGCGGGCCCGGCUACGUGCUGCACGUCGAUGGAUACGGCUGCUCAGAGCUAAAUGCGACGCGAGCAACCGACAUCUCCGACGCGGAAGAGGACGUAUUAUACCAAAAAGACGUGUCCUUCUCAGCUGAACUAGAAAUAGCACCGUCCAAUAGAAUUAGUAAACCUACUGUAAGCUUAAAACAUAUCGACGACGAUAGAACGCAAAGACUUACAACCACACUGCCAAUAGUUUUUAACACAAGAAGCACACCAAACUAUACGUACACAGGAGAGAAGUCCAAACAAGUGGACGGAUUGAAGAGUUUAAUAGAAGACGGAGUUAGUAAAACGGAUCUGAACAUCAUAGCUGAUGACACGAAGGAGAAUUUAUUGGAAGCCAACGAUGCGAAGGUGACGACGCAAGGUCCCAGUUUAGAACAAAAAGUACCAGGAGCAACAGCGUCGCCUCCUUGGACGGCAGCAGUAGAAGCUUGCGACUGUGAGAGCUGUAGCAAUGAACGGUGUCCAUGUGCAGGCAACCCCAACACAUGCAAACCAGAUGGCCGAGUAUCCACGCCUCGGUUCUCAGGCGCGUCCUGGCUAGCACUGCGAGCGUUACGCGGUGCGUACAAGCGGGUGCGCGUUCGAGUACGCGUCCGUCCGGAGCGUGCACGCGGCGUCCUACUACUCACUGGAGAACAUGAUGACCUCUCUGGAGACUACCUCGCAUUAAUGUUAAGGAAUGGACAUGUGGAACUUAGGUUUGAUUGCGGCAGUGGUGCCGGCAUCCUAAGAUCACCAGAACCUGUGAGACUUGGACAUUGGAACACCAUAUCAGUAUACAGACAUCGGUGGGACGCGUGGCUUCGACUCAACAAUGGGAAGAGAGUUCGAGGACGAUCCAAGGGCCUGUUCUCUCGGAUGACCUUCAGAGAGCCAGUGUGGGUGGGUGGUGCAGGCAACACCACUGGCCUGCAGAGCAAGCUGGGCCUGUCGGACGGACUGCUAGGUUGCGUCGACUUCCUCAGGAUCAACGGAGACACCUACCAGCUCAUGAAGGAUGCUGUCGCCACCCUCGAUAUCUCGGAAUGUGCCCCAACGUUAGCGCCUUGGAAGCCACCGAUCGAAGUUACAAGUGAAUCAACACAUCAGAGAGAAGACCACGCGAUAUACGACAUUAAUGACAUCGUACACUUUGAAGACAACGACAUCGUCAUGAGAGACGCCAAACGAGCUAAAAUACACGAUAAUAACAAAUUAGAUAAUUCCGUCGUGCCAUUCAAAACUUAUUCUAGUUACAAUGACGUUAAAACACUUUUUGGUAAGGAUAAUAAGAGUGCUGGAGUUGUAGCUGAUGUGGACAAUGACUUGAAGAAUGAAGAAAAGAAAGAGAAGUCGUGUGAGUGUCAGCACGGUGGAGGGUGCGUCGCUAAUGUGUGCCUGUGUCCCCUCGGGUACGCGGGCGUCAAGUGCGAGAUCACUUUAGACUUGAAGGUGCCCCGGUUUAAUGGGUCGUCCUAUCUUCGGCUGCCGGGCUUGGGGAGCGCUGCUGAGUCCUGGCUUGAUAUCCAGAUAACAUUGAAGCCGAGUAGUGGCGAUGGACUGGUGCUGUACAACUCGGAGCGCGCAGAUGGUGACGGAGACUUCUUUUCACUACACCUAAGAGACUACUACGUCGAGUUCGCCUUCGAUCUAGGAGCUGGAAUCGCGCUCGUGAGGUCAGCGUACCCAGUGGAACCGAACAAAUGGCACUCGGUGUCGGUAUCCCGAGCAGGUCGUCGCGCGACGCUGCGGGUGCGCGGCGGCGGGGCGGCGCGGUCCGUGACGUCACGCGGCACGCGGCGCCGCCUGGCGCUGCGCACGCCGCUACUGCUGGGCGGCGCGCCGCACCCACUGCCGGCACGACUCGCACUCGACACAUCAUUCAAUGGAUGCGUCUCACAGCUGAUAAUCAACGACGAGGAAUUGGCAGUAGUAUCGGCGGCAUUGGGUGGGCUCAACGUCGACAACUGCGACGAUGCCGCUAACAACUGCACGAACAAAAACCUUUGCAAGGAAGUUCUAGACCCAGUCCCUGUGUACCCGCACAACACAUCAGAGACGGAACCACGUCACUCCAUAGUCGCGAAGAAAGGUUUUAAACAGAAAAUUCACAAGAGCAGUCACAAGAAACACUCACACAUGGACAAAUACAAGAAGAAGAAAUAUUUCAUCAGUAAAAAGCAUCAGUACUUGUUAGAAGAUUUGGAGAGGAACAAUGAGGUUGCCACUGACUUGCCGUACGAUGGACAGACGUAUAUGCAAGUGAAGUACUUGAGUGACAACGAAGUCAACUGGGGUGAUAUGAACACGUACCCUAGCUUCACAGGCACUGACAGCUUCAUACACAUCGAUGAUGAAGAUACUAUGAAAAGGCUAGUGAGCUAUUCGCUGGACAUAAACAUCCGAUUCCGAUCAGUGUCUUCACAUGGACUGUUGGUUUGGAGCGGAGGCGCGCGCUCCCCACCAGACUUCUUAUCCUUAGCUAUCGAGAACUCCGUUCUUGUGUUCAGGUACGACCUCGGCAGCGGGGAGGUGGUGAUCAUUGCGAACCACACGAAGGUGGACGACGGACUGUGGCACAGAGCGCGGGCCACUAGAAAUAGACAAGCGGGCGUGUUAGAAGUGGACGGGCUGGGCUCGGUCGGCAAGGUGUCGCCCGGGAAACUCAAACAGCUCAACACUGAGAAUGGACUGUAUAUAGGCGGGCUCCCGUCCAUCGAGCUGAACACGCAGGGCCGGUACGUGCGGGGGCUGGAGGGCUGCGUGUCGCAGAUCUCUCUGAGCGGAGACUUCGACAUCCCGCUGUCGCUGUCCAAGCUGCCGCACACCAUCACCAACAACGUCGGCCGCUGCGCGCCAUAAAACAUGCACUAUUCAUUUAAAUGAACCCACCGAGUUCAUUUAAGUGAAUAAAAACCACAUUUGUUACUAUCUUCCAAGUUCAUUUAACGUUCAAAAAGUUCAUUUAAACUAGUUAAACGUUAAAUGAAACGGUGUUACAUUUAGUGUUAGGUGUGUCUCAUAGAUUUGUCUUCAUUUUUGUCAGGAGUUGCUUUCGAUUCUCGAUUACGUAACUAUUUACGACCAAAUAACUCCGUUACUACAUAUCAAUGUAAAUUAAAUGUCGGAGGCAAUAAACUAAAACAAUACGAACUUUUUCAACAUUUUUGAUAUGAAACUCUGAUGUUUACACCAAUGGUUUUAAUUUUAGUUUUAAAAUGAAUACUCUAGUCAAUUUAGAAUAAGUAAACUGCGGGUUUCUUAAUCUGUCACCUUUUAUAUUGAUUUUGUAUUACUCUUAUUUAAUUUAAUCAUUGAGUAUACUAUAAUUUUAAUUUAUUUUCCAUGUACGAUGGAAUAACUUUUCAAAGUGCUUUACUAUCUAGUAGAUAUAUAAAAAACUAUUUGUAAUGUUAAAUUAAAUAAAAUUCUAGUCGUACGAGUGGUUUGCACGCAGUAUCAUUUUGUAUGGAAUGAUUUUGUUUCAUAGCUAAUCACAAUUUGUUACGAUGUGGGUGUAUUUUAUAAAACCGCGAGGACUUGGCUGGGAUUGUUUCGAGUUUCCGUAUUUUCACUGAACAUCAACAGCGAAAGGGAGUUGUUUUUGAUUAGAAUCUCCUAAUAAGAUCCCACACAUAAUACGACAGGUUCCUUUCCUAUCAAUUACAUGCCUCAAAUUGUAUCGCUCGAAAUCAUAUCCCAGCUGUGUCCACGCAUAAAUAGUUCAAUAAGUAUACAUACAUAGCGUUUGUAUAUCGAAAACAUUUUCAUAAUGAACGUGGUUUUAGAACAUUUGUAAGUAGUACAAUAGAGUUUGAUGAUAUUGUAAUAUUAAUUGAGCUUUUAUACUUAAGCCCGGGAACUGUAUUAUUUCGCUGCGAACAGAACAUGGCUUCAUUUCUACGCAAAUUCCAAAAAAAAUAUUAGUUGUGAAUGAAAUUACAAUUUAUAACGUUUUAUUCUGUUCAUUCAACUUUCAUGAACCGAAAACUUUUACAUUUAAUGUGGUUAAAUGUACCAUUUAAUGUAAUUAAAUGUAAAUUGAUUGUAAUGUUCCGGUGUUUUGCAUUGAAGCUGUUUGUUCCCGGCGUGUGUUGGCUAGCUUUGUUUCGCUACUUGAUUUGCUUCGGAUCUAGCACCGUUAGUCAUAAUAUAGUCGAUACAUAUAUUUAUAUCUAUCGGUAGUGUUACGCGCUUUGUAUGUAUAAACGAUAGAUAUCGAUGUUUGUCUCUUGUUCAAUGGUUGAUGAUUCAUAGUUUAAUGAUUUUAGAUAAAUUUAAAUAAGUUUUGAGAAUCCUCCAAGAUUGCUUUUUUUUCAUCCAGUCGAUGAGUAUUUAAUUAUUAUUGAAAUGAAGUUUAUUUCUUUUGUGACUCAUGGUUUAAUUUUAAUUUUAUGUGAAAAUCUUGCAAAUCUGUUUAUUAUUUAAAUACUGUUGUGUAUAGAUGUACCUACAUCUCUGCCAUUGGACAAUAAACAAACAAGUAAUUCGAUACAAACCCUAAAUGCCCUUUACUGGGAUUUCAUUUACACCAAUAAUUUUCGUCAAUUAUAGUAUUUCACAGGGUGUGGAAAUUAUUUACAUAAAUAUCUACAUAUCUUUAUUGUGGUCUCUCAUUUUUUGACUGAACAUUUUCAUUUGCGAUGAUAUUGCUAGUUCAUUUAAUUUGACCGUGUUAAUCGAGUUAAAUGUAACUCAUUUUAAAUGAACUUUUGGAUAAUAUAUACUCGUAUCAGAACCAACAAAUUGUUAAAUUAUUUAAUAAAAAUAAAUAACGAAAUAAAAAAUAAAUUUUAUAUCGAAACAAUAUGAUAAUGUGCAAUAAUAUUUAAUUAAUUAAUUAAUGAUAAUUACGUGUAUGAUAUUCUGUUGGAUUGAUCCCUGCGCUUGUCGCUAUUCAUCUAAAUUAGCUACCACCGGCUUUUGAUAAAGACAUUUUUGUAAAUGAAACAUAUUUCAGAGCAUAAUGACCCGGUUGAUUUAGCUAGGCACCUCAUUGAACCGACCUAAAAUGCACUCUAUAAUAAUACAGACUUAAUACCCAAAACUAGAAACUAAAAAUACACUCUAUAAAACUUGUCAUUUUUGUCCCAAACUGUAAAAUACAACAGGCGAUUUGAACCAAAUGUGUUCCUCCCUAUAUAAUGACGUCACUUAACAACGAGGUGCAGAGUUAUGCCAAUCGUGUGUCGCGACUGUGUUUAAAGUAUCGAUACAUACGUAGUUACUACUUGUGACAUAGCUUGACUAGCAUUAGUUUUGUAUGUGAGACCUGUCCGAUGUAAUAUACGCCGUUAUUUGUACAAAAUUAUAUCAAUAAAA